UUCUAGGUGAAUUGCCUCUCGGUCUCUGCCUGUCUUGAACAUUCAUUGCAAAAAAAAGACUUAAUAAAUUACAAUUCGCAAAAAGAUCGUAACAAAUACAUAUUGGUAUUUAUCUAAAAACUGUCAAAACUUUCAACUAAUUAAGUAACAAUACAAAAUUACUUCGGUUUAAUAACACGAAGUGUCUGACAAACAGCAGAAGGUGCAGCUUAAACGAAACACACGAACCAACCGAAAUAAUCAGACAAGUUGUGAAAAUGAAACUAUAGAAACAGUCAGUGAGUGAGUGGUGUCAAUUGUUAGAAGAAGAAAUAAAGCAUUAUUGUAGUACUACGACAACGUCGUCAGGCAGUCAUCGCGACAGUCAAAAGGAAUAAGUGUACGCACACACAACCAUACAACCAUCUAGUAGAGCCGAAGCAGCAGCAGCAGCAGAACGACAAAGGGAAGGGCACGUACGUUCAACAAACAAAUCAAUUGCAAGAGGAAACUGAAAAAGAAAACGACCCCCGGACAGGUGUGGGAAAAUAAUUUGCAAAUAAAGCCAACACCGGCAGCUGUGUUUGUUUGUGUACAACAAAGAUUUUGAUUUUGCUGCUCUCCCCUCUUUUCGAAGAAGAAAUAGCGAUAUGGCCGAAGCUGUGGUAGAAGAAAGACCUCCAGUAACACCCCGUUUUUAUUGUCACAAAUGUGACGAGGAAAUCAAUAUUGCCAGCACUGAUUACAUUUGCCCCAUAUGCUCUGGAGGCUUUGUUGAAGAACUACCACCAGCUGCAGCAAAUGCCCCAGCCCCUAAUGCCGGCAGCAGUAGCAGUGGAAGCAACAAUGCUGGCUUUAACAAUGAUGAACUGCAAUUGGAAACAUUGCGAGGACAAAUUGCCAAUUUAUUGGCUUCGCGUAAUGGUCCCAAUUUGGAAAUCAACAUAAAUCCGGGUACCUUGCCAAGGCAACCAAGGGGAAUUGUGUCGCUGGGACCACCGGUAACCACUGCUGGAGGUCGGGUACGUCCUCAAAGUUUGGGUUUAGAUAAUGUCCUACUCGAUUUUCUGCAAUCGAUUUCGGUGGGCGGUAGCGGUGGUGCUGACGGUGAAAUGAAUCCCUUUGAUAAUUCUCAAUUCCUGUUCAUGGGCAAUUUGGGUGAUUAUGCAUGGGGUCGCGAAGGUUUGGAUACCAUAGUAACCCAGCUAUUAAAUCAAAUGGAAACAUCGGGCCCGCCACCAUUGGCCAAGGAUAAAAUUGAUGAAAUACCCAAAGUGGAAAUAACACCCGAAGAAAUCGAACGUAAACUACAAUGUUCGGUGUGCUGGGAAGAUUUUAAGAUACAAGAAAUGGUUCGAAAAUUGCCCUGCUCCCAUGUCUAUCAUGAAGAAUGUAUUGUUCCAUGGUUGAAACUGCAUGGUACUUGCCCCAUUUGUCGUAAAUCUUUGAACGGUGAGGAGGAUGAGGAGAAUGAUGUUCACAUGGAUGCUGUGGACGAUCGACAAAGUACAUCCGCCUAUACGUCGUCGGUUGUUGGCAAUUCGACAUCCUCCUCCUCGUCGGCUUGCCCCAUACACCAACAACAGCAAAUUGGUUCGGCGUCUAAUCAUUAUCGUAACAAUGGUCAGGAUGGUCAGCCCGGUACCAGCAGCAAUAGUGCCAGCAGUGCUUCUAGUCAACAACCACAACAGCAACAACGUUCUAAUCCUACUUCCGACAAUAUAUUUGGUUUUGAGAGAAUGGAUAGUGUUGAUUUGGAUUAAACAAACUAUAUAAAAAAAAACAAGAAUAUAAUUUAUUUAUGUUUUCUUUUUCCUUCGUUUUUAGAUUUAGAAAUUUAUACAUAAAACAAACGAACACAUACAUAACAUACACACACACACACACAUUACCCUAUAUUAUGAGAGAACACUUGAUAAAAGAAAACAAAUUGAAUUGGAGAUCAUCGACCAAAAGGAAAAUGGUAAUUGGUAUUUAAAAAAAAAAGAAAUUGGCCUUGAGACAAUAGGAGAGGUGGUUGUUUUUAAAAGGUCCAUUUUGAAAAUCAAAUAUGUGGAGGAUGAUGUUAUGGAUUAAGGGGAAUUUAUAGGGUUUUAAGCUUGAAAAAGACUCCCAACUACAAAGCGACGCUCAAGAAUAAGGCUGACAAAAACCCCAGUAGAUUAUGAAUUCCAAGGCAUGUGGAGGAUUUUGCAGGGAGAUCGAUAACCAUUGACUCAAGCCUAAAGGGAGAAUUUAAGUUCCAGGAGUAGAAUAUCAAAAGAUUUUAAAUUAUGAAACCAAAAGCUUUUGCUUGUAUGGAGUUUUGUAAGAGAUCAGAAAUGGAAAUAUGUGGAAAUUAGGAAAAUGCUAUGGGCAAAGUUCGAAUGUAGAUUGAAGAGAAUGAGAUUUAGGGUGUUUGGAAAGGUUAAAGAGAUUUUGAAGGUUAAUUUAAAUCUGCUAUCAAUACGAUGGAGUUAACAUUUUGUUAUUAACCAAUUUAAAAACCUAUAUUAGUUCCAAAGUUCGUGGCAAAUAGUAAGGAAACUUAUAUGAAUUAUGAUUUAAUAACAACAAAACCGAAAGUAGUAAAGUUUUUUCCAGGGGACUUGACCAGUAGCAGAUGACCCAAAAGAAGUCCAAUUCGGCCCAUCUAAAAACUAUGCGUUUAAAAGAUUUCUAUUACCAAUUAGUUAUAGAAAGACAAUACCUUAUUAUUCAUUGCCUAGAAGAAGAAAUCUCUAAAAGAUGAUCUAUGUAGGUCCUCCACUUAUGAUAGACUUCUUAAAAAGGUUUUAUUUUUUUGUAGAAGGUCUCUUACGAGGCCCUCUGUUAAUGGAAAAUCCACAAAUGCUAAAAACGCCGAGUAAGUUUUUUUUCUUUCGUUAAGGAGACCAUUUGGAGUUUCGCAAUUGUAGAGGAUCCCUAAAGAAGUGCUCCAUUUACGGAAGACUUUUCAUUAUAAUACCAUUUUUGAAGGCCUCUCAAGGUUUCAUAUUUUCAAAGAAGAUCCCCCUAAAAAGAGUUUUCUUUUUGUCGAUUACCCCUAUCGAAGUCAUACAUUGCUGCAAUACCUACCUAUGAUAGAAUUCUUAAGAAGUACUUCUUUUAAAGAAGGUCCAUAUGGACUUCCUCCAACAAAAAUCCUCAAAGAGGUUCUAAUUUUUAAAACGCCGAUCAAAAUUUUUUUUCUCUUUAGGAGACCCCAUAAAGAGGUUUUUAACCGUGCAGGAUUUCUAACGAUGGUCUCUUUUUACAGAGAUCUAUAAAUAUACUCCUAAAUAUUUGUUAAAGGCCCCAAGGUCCUCUUAUUUACAGAAGACCUCUUAUUACGAUACCAUUUUUUGAAGGCCUCCCAAGGUUUUAUCUUUUCAUAGAAGAUCUCUCUAAAAGAGUUUUCUUUCGAUUAUCACUAUCCUAAAGUCCUGAAGACUUAUGAUAGACUUCUUAAGAAGUUCUCCUUUUAAAGAAUGGCCAUAUGGACGUCCUCCACCCAAAGCCCACAAAGAGGUUUUAUGUUUAAAAAACUGAUUAGAAAUUUAUUUUCCUCUUUAGCAGAGCUUUUUAUCCGUGGAAGACCUGUAACGAUGGGCUUUGUUUACAGAUACCUCUAAUUAGGAUAAUAAGAGUUAAGUGCCUCCCAAGGUUUCAUCUUUCUUUUUUAUAGAAGACCCCCUAAAAUUGUUUUAUUAGUGUCGAUUACCGCCAUUGACAUCCUAUAUUGAUACAAUAUCUACAAGGAGGUCCUAAUUUUUAAAAAGGACUAUAGAGGAAAUGUGAUUUGUUUGAAAAAGACUCCACUUUCCGAUAUUUAUAUUAGAACCUUCGCCUUCCCAAAAAACUAUUGAGAAAGACCAAGGAGGUCCUAAUUUUUAAAAAAUAUGUAAAAGUGGCUCCUCUAUAGAGAAAAUGAAAUUCGUUUGAAUAAGACUCUGUUAAGGUAUGUGUUGACCUUUUCGGAUAUUUAUAUUAGAAACCUUCUAAGAGAGCUUAUUUUUAAAUUGUCGCCUUACAAAAAAAAAAAAAAAAAGAAAAAACUAUUAAGAAAAACCUUGGCUUUGCCACCACCCUUUGCAUUCAAGGCCAAUUUCAAAAAUAAAAAAAAAACGAUUCCAAAUUCAAUUAAAAGCUCAACUAAAGAAAAAUAUAUAUUUUCUUAUGACAUUUUCAUUAAUAGUUUAUUUUUUCGAUUUCAACACAAAAAAAUGACUUUUCUUUUUACCAAAAAAACAAAAACAUAAAUAUUUCAAACAUGUGUUAAGUUAUUGCUUGUAUUUUUGACAUUAUAAUAAUGCAAAUUAAAAUAAACUAAGUUAAAACAUAUACAUACAUAUAUAUUAUAUACUAUUACCAAAUCUGAAAAUAUAUUUUCAAUUAAAAAAAGAAACACAAUAAUAAUAUGUAAAAAAAUGAUUAAUAAAAGAAAAAAAAAAAAAACAAAGGAGCGCAGUUAAAUACUAUAAUUGAAACUAAAUUUUAUAAUAUAUAAAAAAGCAUAUACAUACAGAUAUUGUUUUGUAAAAUAAACCAAGGAAAUCUUUAAGUAAGGCAAACACAAUGUGACCAUUGAAAAAUUAUAAAAAAUAAUAAAUAUUUAAAAACUACAUUAUGAGAGUUUCUAGAUGACAAGACAACUUGUCAAGCUAUACGUCUAAAAAAAAACACUUUUUUCCCAAACAGAAACAAAAAAGAUAAAUAAAAUAAAAAAGAUGUAGGUUAGGGAGAGGUAUUAUUACAAUACUUGUUUACAUUGCAUAAUAAAAUUGUAUUCUUUUGUGGCAAUAAAACUAUUCAAUAUCUAAUUAUCUUCAUCACCAUUUUUAAUACGAAUAAAAAAAAAACAAAACAAAUAAUUUAUUAUUUUUUUAUUAUUAAUUAUUCAAUAUUUAUUGGUAUGACUUAUGUGAAUUAUAACAAUGGACUUGAUAAAAAAAAAAUAAUAUUUGCACUUUUGUUAUUCCAUAUAUAUACGUUUUUUUCUUUUAAUAUUUUCAUGCCAACAUUUACAUUUUCAAAAACAAUGAAAGAGAAAACUUGAAAAAAUUUUACAAUUUAAUACAUUUUCAAAAUAUUAACAAAAAACAACAUGAAAUAAUUUAUCUAUAUAAUUAGCUUAUAGUUGAUGAAAUAAAUAUAUACAGAAGUUGAAAACAAAAAACACAUAAAAUGUAACGAAAAAAAUAUAACGGUUAAACAAACAACAACAAAACUACACAGAAAAGGCAAAAUAAAAAAGUUUUUGAAAAA